UCCCACGUGGUUAGUAUUUAGUCUGAAUAGAACAUAUACAAAGUCUGAUUUACAUUUGUCUGAUCAGGAAGAUAUGACGUUUUCGUGAAUAGCCAUUUCAUAUUAAAAUACUAACCCAUUGGAUUAAAUGAAGAUUUGCGAAUUUACUGUAUUGAAAUUUUAUUAUUGAAAGAUAUGAUUGGAUACGGAUUGUUAAAACAAAAGUAUAUCCUCAUGGUAUUGGUCGGUAUGGUCAUUUUAGUUUUCGUUUUGGUAAACCACAAUGCGGAGAUUACUAAGACAGCAGACGGAAGGCAUAUCGUUAGUGGCCUGAAGAAGCCGCCCAUACAACAUGCUAUAGACAGUGUGUGGAACAAUUACAUUCUUACGGGAAAAAUAACUUAUACAAGUGGUCGUCACUUGACAGAAGAAAAUCUUGAAAUUAUUAAAGUUCAUAGUGUAAACCAAUGCAAAAGUCGUAGAUAUCUUGUAUACACAUGUGAUCGUUCAAGUUUAUGUGGUGGCUGGGGUGAUCGUCAGAAAGGCAUUGUAUCAUCCUUUCUAUUGGCAUUACUGACAAAUAGAACUUUCAUCAUGAAUGUGACACAUCCUUGCAAACUAGAAAACUUUCUGCUGUCCAGUGUUUACAAUUGGUCAAAAUGUGGAAAUUAUCUUAGAACUCUUCCAAAGCAGAACUUCGUUGCGUUCAAUUAUGUGGUAGGUAAUAGAAAAUUUUUGAAGCAAAUUCAGAGCGUUGAUUUUGAUAGGAAUUGGACAUCACAAGUUGUAAUUUUACGAUUUAAUGCAUAUGUUAUUGACCAAAUAAGACAACACAAGCAAACUGAAACACGGUUGAAUUGGUUACUGAAUACUUCGAACGAAGAAGCUAUUCACAGAGUACUGCACACUUUAUUGAAACCAAAUCAAAAAAUCUUGGAUGAUGCUUUGAAGCUGAAAACGGACAGGAUACAUGACAAACAUUUAGUAUGUAGCCAUAUUCGCAAAGGGCAGAAUCCCAGUAUUCCAGAAGAUAACAAACUUCCUAGAGGAAGUCCAAAUGAAACUUUGAUAUUUAACUUUUUGAAAAGAUAUAGUGAUGACAGAAAAUAUGCAAUUUAUAUUGCAACUGAUUCGGACGAAGUACGAAGACUUGCUGAAGCAAAUAUCAAAUCAUAUAUCAACAUGAAUCGCAAAAUUGUCCAUGUUGACCGUCUAGGAAAUCUGAAAAAGUCUAAGGAAGAAGCGUGUGAAGGAUUUUAUACUGUUCUUUUUGAACAGUUUAUUCUAUCGCUCUGUGACACACUGAUCUUAACUCGAAGCAAUUUCGGUGGAAUUGCAGCAUAUAUACGUGGCAUUUCCGACAACCUCUUUUUGUAUAACCAGAAAACUGAUGAAAUACUUCAGUCAAACUUAACAUUUAUGCAAAAUAUAUUCAAAUUCAUUUAAAUUUGGACAAGUUUGUACUUAUUCUGUUUCCCCUAUAGCUCUAUGUUACUGUUUUACAUUGAAAACUAUAAGAUGACAUUUCUUCGGAAUGUGUGUGUUAAUGUGGACUUGUUUUACUGUAUUUUAUUUGAAGUUCACACUUUUACUAUUUAUCGAAACUGAACAAUCAAUAAUAUGUUACAUAUGAAUAUAUAGAUAGUUGUAACAUUUUCCUAUAUAUUUUCAUAUAGCACAUUAUUUAAGAAAUAAUAAAUUCCAAACAGUGGCUUAUGGUAGAAUAACCCGUGUUUCGAGUUCUUAUGCGUAGGAAUAUAUCAUGAAGGUCGUAGGGAACCUGUUAUUUCGGUUCUUACACGACAUACAAGUAUCAACAGUGUUAGAAAAAAUGGUAACUACUUUUUACGACCGUGUUACGCACCUGGAUUGGAUGACGUCAUUGCACGCGCGUGGGUUAUUGUACAAUAACUCAAGAUUGAUUUUGAUCUACAUGUGUGUAGGUUAUUUGUUGGUCGUGUUAGAAUUUAAAAUAUAAAAAGAGAAGAAACAAGAAAUAUCC